ACGGAUUUUCGUUGGUUCAUUGUGAGAGUAGUAUAACGUGGACUCAUACAGUUGCAGUAAAACUAAAACACUACUUCCUUGAGGGACUUGUCCAGUGGAGUAAUGGUCGUAAAUACGAUCCACUGGUUCAGGAAGGGCUUACGGCUCCACGACAAUCCUUCGCUUAGAGAGUCAAUCCAGGGAGCGGACUCUAUCCGCUGUGUAUACAUUCUUGACCCCUGGUUUGCGGGAUCAUCCAACGUUGGAAUCAACAGGUGGAGGUUUUUACUGCAGUGUCUAGAAGAUUUGGACGCUAGUCUUCGUAAACUCAACUCCCGCUUGUUUGUCAUCCGCGGUCAACCCACCGAUGUCUUCCCCCGACUUUUUAAGGAGUGGAACAUCACUCAUCUGUCUUAUGAGUAUGACUCUGAGCCUUUUGGGAAGGAACGUGACGCAGCCAUUAAGAAGUUGGCAAGCGAGGCCGGGGUGAAGGUGACAGUGCGCAUCUCCCACACCCUCUAUGAUCUGGACAAGAUCAUAGAGCUGAACGGAGGUCAGUCUCCUCUAACCUACAAGCGCUUCCAGACUCUUAUCAGUCGGAUGGAGCCGGUGGAGAUGCCGGCUGAAGCCAUCACCGCUGAUGUCAUGGGAGCCUGCACUACGCCCCUUUCUGAUGACCAUGAUGACAAGUUUGGGGUCCCCUCCUUGGAAGAACUGGGAUUUGACACAGAGGGCUUGUCUACUGCCACGUGGCCAGGAGGAGAAACUGAGGCUCUCACUCGCUUGGAGAGACACCUUGAGAGGAAGGCCUGGGUCGCCAACUUUGAGCGACCAAGAAUGAAUGCCAAUUCUUUAUUGGCCAGUCCCACUGGUCUCAGUCCUUACCUGCGGUUUGGUUGUCUCUCCUGCCGACUUUUCUACUUCAAACUCACUGACCUCUACAGGAAGGUGAAGAAGCACAGCUCACCUCCUCUCUCACUCUAUGGCCAGCUGUUGUGGCGUGAGUUCUUCUACACAGCCGCUACCAACAACCCACGCUUUGACAAGAUGGAGGGCAACCCCAUCUGUGUGCAGAUCCCCUGGGACCGCAACCCCGAGGCCCUGGCCAAGUGGGCCGAGGGACGGACGGGCUUCCCCUGGAUCGAUGCCAUCAUGACCCAGCUGAGGCAGGAGGGCUGGAUCCAUCACCUGGCCCGACAUGCCGUGGCCUGCUUUCUGACCCGAGGAGACCUGUGGAUCAGCUGGGAGGAAGGCAUGAAGGUAUUUGAGGAACUCUUACUGGAUGCAGACUGGAGUGUGAACGCUGGCAGUUGGAUGUGGCUUUCCUGUAGCUCCUUCUUCCAGCAGUUUUUCCACUGCUACUGCCCAGUGGGUUUUGGCCGCCGCACAGACCCUAAUGGGGACUAUAUCAGGCGAUACCUUCCUGUUCUCAGAGGUUUCCCAGCCAAGUACAUUUAUGACCCGUGGAACGCCCCAGAGAGCGUUCAGAAAGUGGCCAAAUGCGUGAUUGGUGUGCACUACCCCAAACCCAUGGUGCACCACGCAGAAGCAAGCCGCCUCAAUAUCGAACGCAUGAAACAGAUCUAUCAACAGCUCUCCUGCUACCGUGGCUUAGGGCUGCUGGCAACAGUGCCGUCAAACCCAAAUGGUAACGGGGAAAGCUCCACGGGCAUGAUUGGAUUCCCACCUGCAGAGGGCCCUCAGGAGCCCACCACAUCCUCCUGUACGACUCAAGGGUAUCAGAUGCCAGCCAACCCUCAGGGAGAAUGGCACAGCGGGGUGAUGGUUUACCCCCAGGGAGAACCACAAACCAGCAGCAGCACUCAACAGCAAGGUUAUGCGGCCAGCACUACUGGCAUGGUUUGCUACAGAGCAGAUUCUCAGCAGAUAUCUGGCCCUGCUGUACAGCAUGGACGAGGACUCCACUCCAGCUCAUCUGUCAAACGCCACAGUGAGGAUUUGGCUCCUGGAACAGGCUCUAAAGUUCAGAGACAGAGCAGCUCUUAAACAGGCCUGAAUACACACACACUGGUCAGUGUGAUUUGGAGGACACCAAAUCAUUGUCAUUUGCUCAACCUGUUACAUUUGAUUUUGAUGGAAAAGAAAACCUCACACAAUCAGAAGACAUGCAUAAUCCUUUCUCCAAGCACAUCCACACAUUUCUUGUGUAUCAAAGUGUAUAUUAUCCCUGGGACUACGACCAGGCUGAAGGCGACGUCCUCUCCACACUGAAGUAACAUUGUGACUCUCUCAUGUUCACUGCCACUGUGUUCCAACAACACUGUAUAAGUGUUACAACUUGGCUUGGGACAAAAAAACCUUUAUGUAUAUAAAGAUUUGAUGAAUUCUUCUCACAUACAAACUGUACAUAUUUGAUAUUGUAUGUGCUUUUUCUCUUUUGUGUAGUCAUACUCAUUGAUAUAUUUUUGAUAUAAAGAAUCAUUGUGGAUUGAUUUUUUUUGUCCUUUAUGACAAUGAGAAAACAUGUUAGACAGUCCAUAAACGGUGAAGCCUCCUCUUUGGUCUAUUGCAUGCACCAUGCAGCGCGCUCUCUCUUUUUGUAUGUCUGCCUCCCUCACUUUUUCCCACAAUCAAACAUUCUCUUUUUUAUGUUUAUUUUCUCAUUUUCUGUGUUUGCCCUCCUCACUAUUUAACUCUUUCCAGGCUACAUGUCACCCAUCCUUCUUCUUCCAAAUGUUAUCACUUUGAUCUUUCAGGUUGCUUCCCUCCAUUUUCCUUCAGUGUUUCUUUGUUCUCCUCCCUCUCUACAUGAUGAUGUUUCUUCUUUUUUUCUACCCCAGUCUUUUCCAUCCCUGCUCAGAGUCCUUGUUCUAUACUGCAUGAGUGUAUAAUGCAUCACUUUGUGCUUCUUGUUGUCUCACAUUGUGUUUGUUUAAUAAAUA